CCCUUUUCGCCGAAGUAUUGCAGUUGAGGGGUACAGAUGUCAAAUCACCACAUCUGAAAGUCGAUUGUAUUCAUUCGUUUGUGCCUGAAUUUGAUUAAUGGCGUCCAGCGGAAAUAAGAACAUCAACGCCAAACUGGUACUGCUUGGAGAUGUUGCAACUGGAAAAUCUAGUUUAGUGUUGCGUUUUGUAAAAGGGCAAUUUGUUGAAUUUCAGGAGUCGACUAUAGGUGCUGCCUUUUUUUCACAAACAGUUGCUGUGAACGAUGCAACUGUAAAAUUUGAAAUAUGGGAUACGGCAGGUCAGGAGAGAUAUCACAGCUUAGCUCCGAUGUACUAUAGAGGAGCUGCUGCAGCCAUCAUUGUCUAUGACAUCACAAAUCAAGCAUCAUUCGAUCGAGCGAAAAAGUGGGUUCAAGAGCUUCAGGCACAAGGUAACCCAAAUAUGGUUAUGGCACUUGCUGGGAAUAAAUCGGAUUUAUUGGAUGCAAGAAAGGUGGCAGCAGAGGAAGCACAAACUUAUGCCCAGGAGAAUGGUCUUUUCUUUAUGGAAACUUCUGCAAAGACGGCAACAAAUGUCAAUGACGUGUUUUAUGAGAUAGCAAAGAGAUUACCCCGUUUGCAGCAGGCACCAAACCCAUCAGGUAUGGUCCUUGUGGAUCGACCAGCAGAUAGGGCAACAGGUGCUUCAUGUUGCUCUUAAAGUUGAUGCCAACUUCUCAUCCAGACAAUAAAUAUGUCAAAGUAAAAUAUUAUCGUGAUGUUGUGUCCAUAAAAUAAUAUAAUAUACUUCAAAAAAAAGUGAUUAUUCUGUGCAUGUUUGGGAUUGUUUAGAUUUGUACAGAAGUUAAAACUUUUGAUUAUGUAUUUAACAUUGGUUGAAGAUACUGUUGCACUGCAAUUUGAUGUGGUACACUGGACUGGACUUUGUUUUCUUAAAUUUAAAAUAUGCUCUUUGUGUUAA